CCCCCCACGUGGUUUGCGGGCAGCAUGGCGGCGGUCGGUGUGCACCUGGGCAGCACAUGUGCGUGUGUGGCAAUCUACAAGGAUGGACGCGCCGAUGUCAUUGCCAAUGACGCAGGUGAUCGGGUCACACCAGCUAUGGUGGCCUUCCGUGACAGUGAAAAGAUUGUGGGACUGGCGGCUAAACAAGGCAGGAUUCGAAAUGCAACUACCACAGUAGUUGGCGUAAAACGAAUUUUGGGACACAGGUUUGAAGAUGAUGUGGUACAGAAAUACAUAUCCAGCAGCAGUUGCCCAGUUAUUGAGAAAGACGGCUAUCCAGUUUUUUCGAUUAAUAAUGGCACCGUUAAAAAGCACAUCACACGCCAUGAAGUAGCAACACUCAUACUGCAGAAAAUGAAAGAGACGGCCUUGUUUGCAGUCGGUGCAGACGCAAAGGAUGCUGUAAUCACAACCCCUCUGAAUUUUACAGAACAGCAGGUCGAUGAAAUCAGGCAAGCAGCAGAGUCGGCAGGCUUCAAUGUCCUACGGAUAUUAAGCGAGCCAGCAGCUGCUCUCUUGGCAUUUGGAAUUGGGCAGGAAAAUUCCCACAGCAAAUGCAAAGUGCUUGUAUACAAGCUGGGAGGUACGUGUGCGGAUGCGACAGCAGUUGAAGUAAACAGCGGCUUGUAUCGUGUUCUGGGAUCGGUGUCGGACGACACUGUGGGUGGAGAGGAGUUCACGGACGCGCUAGCAGAAUACCUGGCUGCCGAAUUUCAGAAAUUCCACCGGCAGGACCUGCGAGGGAACAGUCGAGCAAUGAUGAAGCUUCACACACAUGCCGAGAUGGCCAAGCACGUGCUGUCUACCAUGGCCAUCUCCAAUUGCUUUGUUGACUCGCUGCACGACGGGCUGGACUUUGAAUGUAACAUCACGAGGGCAAGGUUCGAUUCCCUGUGCUCAGCCCUCUUCCAGCAGUCUCUACAGCCCAUCCACGACCUGCUCACGCAAAUCAACCUCACCGCCAGCGACUUCCAAAAGGUGGUGCUGUGCGGUGGUUCCGCACGGAUUCCCAAACUUCAGCAGCUGUUGCAAGAGCAGUUUGUGGGCUCUGAGCUCAUGUGCAGCAUCCCCGUGGACGAGGUGAUCGCUCUGGGUGCAGCUGCCGAGGCGGGGAUUCUUCUGGGCCGCGAUGCGGUGCGGUUCGACCCCGAAGCACUCUCCAUUGAAUGCGCCUCUCUCGACAUCCUUGUUAAGGAGCAGGACGAGGCGGGGCAGGACUGCUACACGGUGGUGUUUCCGGUCGGCACGCCACUGCCCGCUCGCCGCCAACACGUCUUCCAGGCCCCCGGCACGCUGCCCUCUGUGCUCGUGGAUGUGUACGAAGGGGUUGCGAAAGGCAGCUCGUUUGAGGGGGAGCACCUGGCUCAGCUGGUGUUAAAAGACCUUCAACAACAAGAGAAUGGAUUGCGUGACAUCUCCACUGUGUUCACCAUGAAGAGGGAUGGAUCGCUGCUUAUCACCUGCACAGACCAGCUGAGUGGAACAUCUGAAACCGUCACUGUGGAAGCAGCUUCGUGAUAUGAUGCCUUGAGGAUUUUAGUGUAGAAUAAAUUAAGCAACAUUUGAUUUUGUAAACGUUACAAAAAAAACUUGAAUUGGUAGGACCAUCUAUGAUGAGUUGUUGGUCCACUAAGAGUACAGAAUAUGAUUUUGUGGGCAAUAUUUUCCAGCCUGCAUGGAAAAUAUUUUUUACGUAAGUUCUUGAGCAAAAACAUCCUCCGACAAAAAAACACAUUUACACAUUGUAUAGGCAGCAGACCAGAUAAAUAGUCAAUAAUAUUUGAAAUGUGCAGGUGUACAGUAUAUCUGUAGGAGUAAUGCUGUGUGGGGCAAGAUGCUUCAUGGAAUAUUGUCCUCGGUUACUUUUUAAAUAAUGGAGUGAUACAUUUUUUGCUAAAUAAACUUAUUACAUAUCAAACAGUACAUUUUACAGCUCUACAUUUCUAACGGUAUAUUUUGUAAAGUGUACAUGUACAGUAUUUACUCCUUCCAUUCAGUAAUGACUUAGACAUUGACAAGUGCCAUGCAUGUAAGUGUUGCUUACAAAAUGUUGUGGCCACGGCUGUUUAAAGUCCUGACAAUUGAAAUGUGUAGUUAAGAAAAUAAUAAACUAUAAAGCCAACAACCUUGUUUAAUUUGAGUGUAAAAGGCAGGGCAUUUAUUUAAUAAUAAAAAGUUAAACUUUCACAAAGAUUUAUUUAACAACAGUGUCACCUACGAGGAGCGAACGGAAUAAAAUUUGCUUUGUAACAGCCAGAUUUUUUUUUUUUAAAUAUGCACAUGACAGUUUACAUGAUGUACUCGAAUAAAUGUUCCAUCCCGUCAUUUUUGGAACGUGUUCAUGAAGCUUUACCACACCUGUCGACGGAAGCUCUCGUGCACGACUGCUGGUUUUAAUUUGAUGGCAUCAAACUAAAAGAUGUUGUCACUUCAGUGAUGAUGGAGGUUGAAAAGCACGCGAGGUGCUUCUAUACACUGUGUGUAGUGACAUUGUGUGUAACAGCUAUUUCAUUGCUGUACUUUUGCAAGCUUUGUCUUAGAGUGUGCCUCUUUAUUUUUUUUUCUCCUUUUUAACGUUUUCAUGUUAUCAGGAAUGUCUAAUAAAUGUGAGUUUUAUUAUG